UCCCGUCUGAGCGAACCAACCCGGAAGCGGAUGGCGGAACUCUAACAGAUCCACCUCACGCUUACAGCUCGGUGUGUUCCGCUCACAGCUGCUGGUGUUCGGCCUGAAUGGAGUCUGCAGGGCCCGCGGCCGGAUGUCAAAGCGUUGGACGAUGCUGAAGAAACGAUGUCGUCUCGUUUAACGACCCGGAGGAAGCAGUGAAGUGAAUGGACGGAUAGAAACCAGCCGAGCGACCGACUGACGGACCGACCGACUGUGGAUUCAACACCGACGUAUGGCCUCACUCCUCAGGUAGCUGAAGGAGACAGCAUCUCAGCGACGGCAUCAUGUUUUUGAAAACGUCGUUCACCACUCUGAUUGUGGGCGUGUUUGUAGUGUACGUGCUCCACACCUGCUGGGUGAUGUACGGGAUCGUGUACACCAAACCCUGUGACAGCCCCAGCAGCGCCAACUGCAUCACACCUUUCCUGGCCGAGAACCCGAAACUACAGUUAAGUAUCUACACUGCACUGCGGCCCAAUGCAGAGGGAGGACACACCCUGAUCCACAAAGAAGAGAACUUUGACGUCAACAGCAAGUUUGAAAGGAUAGUAAAUGUCUCCCUCCCUAAGAAGACCCGUAACAAUGGAACGUUAUAUGCACUAAUAUUCGUCCAUCAGGCUGCCCUCACUCCUUGGCAGGACCCUCGACAAGUCCACCUUGUGGCUCAGCUCACCACGUACAUGAUCCCCAAACCACCUGAAAUCUCUUUAAUAUCCGGGGAGGAUCAAACACAGGGUCACAAAGAAGAAGCCCAGAAGAACAAACAAGGUGAUGGAAACUUUGCAGCAGGGGGCAGAGCGGCAAGUGGAGCCGCUUCCACAUCGGAUCACCCGGUUUCCCACUGGCGUUCGCGCCUGACACUUAACAUUGUCAGUGACCACUUCCUGUUCGACAGAGAAAACCUGCCGAGUGAUGUCCACAGAUACCUCAGAGCAUUCCAAAAUGGUAAAAAGAUGGUGUAUCUACCUCUGCUGUUUGUCGAUGAGCUCAGCAACCGGGUCAAGGACCUUGUGGAGAUCAACAGCACCUCCGCCGAGCUCCCUCUGACCAUCUCUUAUGACUCCAUCUCCCUGGGGAGGCUACGCUUCUGGAUCCACAUGCAGGACGCUGUUUACUCUCUGCAGCAGUUCGGUUUCACAGAGAAAGAUGCUGAUGAGAUAAAAGGGAUCUUUGUGGACACCAACCUCUACUUCCUGGCUCUGACCUUCUUUGUAGCUGCGUUCCAUCUUCUGUUUGACUUCCUGGCGUUCAAGAACGACAUCAGCUUCUGGAAGCAGAAGAAAAGCAUGGUGGGAAUGUCGAGCAAAGCAGUGCUGUGGAGAUGUUUCAGUACCAUCGUGAUUUUCCUCUAUUUGUUCGACCAGCAGACGAGCCUGCUUGUCCUCAUACCUGCUGGGGUCGGCUCUAUCAUUGAAGUAUGGAAAGUGAAGAAGGCCUUUAAGAUUCAGGUUUCCUGGAAAGGAGGCAAACCAACAUUCCUGUUUGGCAAAUUAGAUGAAUCCGAGAGGAGAACAGAAGAAUAUGAUACUCUGGCCAUGAAGUACCUGUCAUACCUCCUGUACCCACUGUGUAUUGGAGGAGCUGUGUAUGCUCUAGUAUACCAACGAUAUAAGAGUUGGUACUCGUGGUUGAUCAACAGUUUAGUGAAUGGAGUAUAUGCCUUUGGCUUCCUCUUCAUGCUUCCUCAACUGUUUGUCAACUAUAAGCUGAAAUCUGUGGCCCACCUGCCGUGGAAAGCCUUUAUGUACAAGGCGUUCAAUACCUUCAUCGACGAUGUGUUUGCCUUCAUCAUCACCAUGCCAACGUCUCACAGACUAGCAUGCUUCAGAGACGAUGUCGUGUUUCUCAUUUACCUCUAUCAGAGAUGGCUCUACCCAGUCGACAAGACAAGAGUAAAUGAAUACGGUGUUUCUUAUGAUGAGAAACCCAAAGGAAAGACCCACAAGGACUAAAGAGGAAACACAGAGAAUUGUUCUCCAUGAACUGGAACCUGCAGGUUUUCUCUCAUCUGGUGUCAGCAGCUGGUUCAAUGGUCCAGGUUUGAGUGAUCAGUUAGCUGCAAAUGAACCAAGUGCAUCACAACGCUUGUUGGUUCUGAUUUAUUUUCCCCCAUGCCGUCCCAUAGAGCGAAGGGUUCCGAGGAAAGCUCAACAUCUGCUUACCUGGCUUCUGCAGCCUGGAGAGUUGUUUUGUUUUGCAGCGUGUGACAGGUCAGGGCGAUCGAUAAGUUCAAUCUGUUCCUCUUUUUGAACUGACGUAACAACAAGGAAAAAUUUGAUAUGCGAAGCUGCAAGAGUAAAACAAGAUGCCACUGUUAUUAAAGAUGAAAGUGCCCAUUGAGAACCUCAGUAAAUAUGAUAUUGAAUUGAACCUAAAACAGCCUGAGCCUGGUUGUAACUGAUUUGAGGAACCAACAUUUAAAUACAUCCAGGAGUUUUUACACAAGAGCUGCUGAGUUCAUCAAAG